AGUGUCCUGGUUUCAGCAGAGAACUACAGCCAUGAUGCUUUAUUUGCAAAAGCAGAGGAACUGUUGGCGAAGAGAAUAAAAGAUGGAGAUCCUCUGGCAUGUUUUCUAAAAGGACAGCUGUACUAUGAAGAGGGUUUGUACCAAGAAGCGUUAAUACAAUUUGAAAAAGUCAAGGACACAGAUUUUCAAGAGAUGUAUCAGCUUGGCACAAUGUAUUAUGAUGGACUAGGCACUAAUGAAGACCCCGAAAAGGGAGUGGAAUACACGAAGAAAAUAUUCAACUCUGACUCCUCAAAAGCAAGACACUUGAAGUUCGCAGCUGCAUACAAUCUUGGCAGAGCUUAUUAUGAAGGUUGUGGUGUUAAACAGUCAACUGAAGAGGCUGAAAGGUUAUGGCUUAUUGCUGCAGACCAUGGGAAUCCAAAAGCAAGUGUAAAGGCCCAGAGUACUUUAGGAAUGCUUUACUCCAUGUCAGUUCUAAAAGAUCUGAGGAAGUCCAUUUUCUGGCAUUCAGAAGCAUGCGGCAAUGGAAAUCUGGAAUCACAGGGUGUGCUUGGUGUUAUGUAUCUCUAUGGACAAGGUAUAUGUCAGAACACUAAGGCUGCUUUGGAGUGCCUGAGAGGAGCAGCAGAACGUGGAAACAUCUAUGCUCAAGGCCAUCUUGUGGAAUAUUAUUACAAUAGAAAGUUCUACUCAACAGCUGCUGCAAUAGCCAUAAGGACUACAGAAAAUGACGACAUAGAUAUGCUAGCAAAGAUGACUGAUUGUCUGCCAACCUACAUAGCCAAAGGGGUCACCAUGGCUGCUUUCUACUUGGCUAGAUGCCUCCAUCUUGGCCGAGGUGUACAGCAAGACCAAGCUGCUGCUAAAAAAUACUAUUCUAUGGCAUGCCUUCUGGAUCCUGAUGUUGCUUCUGAUCUUGAACUGAGAGCUAAUCUUGGGAGAAUUUAGUGUUUCCUUUAGUUAUGGCUGGUAUAACAUCUACUUCCUACAAUAAACCAUUCUUAAUCUUCAGCAA